AUGCGCAUCCACACUGGAGAGAAGCCGUGGGCAUGUCAGCAUCCAGGCUGCGAUGCUGCUUUCAAGCAACAGAGCGCGCUAACUAUGCAUAUGCGAACCCAUACAGGCGAGAAGCCUCUAAGCUGUGAGGUCUGCGGCAAGGCGUUCGGCGAGUCUUCCAACCUGUCCAAGCACCGCAAAACCCACAAUGUCAAAGGCGCAUUCAAGUGUGAUUUCUGCGACAAGGACUUCCAUAGACUUGACCAGAAACGAAGGCACGAGAAGACUCAUAGACCCAAGGAAAACGGCGGCGCUGCAAUGGACAUUGAAACUUCGCAAAUCAUCAGAAGGACGAUGGGCGGCCGAGUCACGAAGAAUACGAAAUGA